AUGAAGAGGCCGUGGAGCCACCCGUCGGUCGUGCUCCCGCUGCUGAUCGCCGGCUUCCUGCUCCUCACGUUCCGGUGCUCCCUGCACCACGCGGCGCAGCAGGCUUCCAGUUCCAGCCGCCGCGCCGCCGCCGCCGACCACGAUGCGGGAAGAAGCUACGUCGUCGACGCCAAGCUCGCGGAGCUCGCGGCCGUGGACCCGGCCGCGUCGGCGGUGCUUCGGGCCGCUGAGACGCUGCUGCUGAAGGGGAACCGGAGCCUGACGAGGGCUCCCCCGGAGCGCCGGGACGCCGCGGUGCGCGGCCUCCGCGACUGGCUCGGCAGGCAGCGGUUCGAGCCGCAGGUGAUGGCCAAGCUCGUGGACCUCAUCAAGCGCCCCAUCGACCGGUACUACGCCGCCGGGGCGACGGACGGCGACGACGACGUGCCAGUACGGCCGUACGCGUCGUGCGCCGUGGUCGGCAACAGCGGCAUCCUGCUGGCGCGGGAGCGCGGCGCGCUCAUCGACAGCCACGACCUGGUGAUCCGGCUCAACAACGCGCCCGCGGGCGGCAGGCUCGCGCGCCACGUGGGCGCCAGGACCGGCCUGGCGUUCCUCAACAGCAACGUGCUGAGCGGGUGCGCGGGCGCGCGGCGCCUGGCCGGCGCCGCUGGCUGCCGGCGCUGCCGCGCCGCCUACGGCGACCGCGUGCCCAUCCUGACCUACAUGUGCAACGCCGCGCACUUCGUGGAGCACGCGGUGUGCAGCGCCGACGCCGAAGACGGCGCGGCGCCGGCGCCGGUGAUCGUGACGGACCCGCGGCUGGACGCGCUGUGCGCGCGGAUCGUCAAGUACUACUCGCUGCGCCGGUUCGUGCGCGAGACGGGGCGGCCCGCCGAGGAGUGGGGCACGCGGCACGAGGAGGGCAUGUUCCACUACUCGUCGGGGAUGCAGGCCGUGGUGGCCGCGGCGGGCGUGUGCGGCCGGGUCUCCGUGUUCGGGUUCGGCAAGGAGCCCGGCGCGCGGCACCACUACCACACGCUGCAGCGCGGGGAGCUGGACCUGCACGACUACGAGGCCGAGUACGAGUUCUACCGGGACCUCGAGGAGCGGCCGGAGGCGAUACCCUUCCUGCGGGACUCCGGCUUCAGGCUGCCGCCGGUCGUCGUCUACCGCUGA